CACACGCUCUCUCUCACACACACACACACACACACACACACACACACACACACACACACACACACACACACACACACACACACACACACACACACACACACACACACACACACACACACACACACACAAACACCCAAAUACACACGCGCCCACUCACGCACGCAUGCACACUCACUCACUCACUCACUGACUGGUGCCCAUAACGCAAACGGCUCGUGCCGUCGAUGUUCUGUCGGCUCCUCGCUUGGGAUUCGAAAGAAGGGAAAUAAAGGCUUUUAUUGACGUCAAACGUGAAUGUAAAUGAGCUCAACAGGCGACGACAGCGACGACGAAACGACCCUCCACCGGAUCACAUCACACCAAACGAUUACGCGUUCUUCCAGAUCGAGCCACCCCCGAGUUUUUCCUUUGCUUUGCUUUUAUUGAACCAAAGCUUUCACCAACACUCGUUGAAAAGAAAGUUGAACUCAAGAUGUGGAGCUGACGGCCAAAACUAUCCCUCCAUGAAUCGGGAGUCAAGGGGUAAGUCGCUGCGAUACUGCGAUCUGAUUGCAGAGCGAGAGCCGCCAGCGGACACCAGGAGACAAGGAGUCUUUUUAGAGCCACCGGUGCGGACCCCACCGGCAUAUCAAUCACUGUCCCGGAGAAGGGAGGCGUCUGAUUCAGGAGCGAGGGGGAUUCUGGAGCACAGGUCUGGAUUCUGAGAUCCAAGAGAAAGAGGACGAGGACAGAAAUUUGCCGAAAACCAAAUGUGAACCCAAAACCUACUCCUCCUCCUCCUCCUCCUCAUCUUGCCGCGGGUGCGCACCGGCGCAGAGGAUCGGGACCCGCAGCAUCAUCGAUUCGCGGUUUGAUUUGGGAAGCCGUUCUGGACGCGCCAUAGGUGACCGUGGCGAGCGAUACACUUGGAGCUAGGAUUCCCCCUGAAGAGGAACAUACCCAUUUUGAAGCAUGAAGAUCAGGAUAUUGUUUUUGUUCGUUUGGUCUGCGGCAUUUUUGGCGGAGCUGCAUUGCGCGCAGUGGCCAAGGACCACCAACGGGUUCGAUGCCCCUACGACGGGCUCGGGCAACACCAGUGUGGACGCCGGUGGUGGCAAAAGGGAUAUGAAUCAAACAAUAAGUUCCAGGCAAAAGAGAAGAAACCUGGCAGUGGAUUUUGCGGUGCCUUCUCUGCUGCGCAAUUAUCUGAGCGAGUUCAUCAAAAGACCGCUGAACGGGGAUUGUCUGACUUUUAAUGGCUGCUAUACUGUGCGUGCCAACUUGCAGAUGCAUUGCAUACCUUUGCAAAAGACAAUAUCAACUUUUGCGGACUCGAAGUUGGCCACGGUGGAGACGGCUGGCGCGAAUGCGUCCACCGCCGGACGGCUCCCGCCUCACGUCAGCACGCGGCCGCUGUCCAAAGUUCUGAGUCUGGGCUUGACUAAAGCCAGCCGAAAAUCGAACCAAGUCGUGGUGGAAAUAGGGGAGGAUGUGGUGAGGACGGGAUGCGGCGGACUGUUGGUCUACGAGGAUGCCCCCGUAUUUACUUUGGAAAUGGACCUGACAUCUAUCCUUGAGUGGUGGCUCGGAGCGGAAGGGGGCCGGCUCAGGGUUCGGCUCAUGCCCGAGAAAAGAGCGCAGGUCCCCGGGAUGGAGGACAAAUACACCGCGGCUAUACGGGCUGCGGACCCACGCCUCUUUCUUCAGAUAGCCUCGCGGGGUGAGCCGUUGGCUGGCAGGAACGAGGCGGGCGUUCCCAGAGGCUACUGGAACUUCUCCUGGGUGGCAGAGGACAAGUUGGGCUUCCCCAGGGCCCGAGUGCCCGCUCCAGAUCGCAGAUGCAACAGCAACAGCAAGUCGUGUGACAAGCAGCCCGCGCUCAACCCUGAGGUGACAUGGAGCAUCGUGGCGGCCGAAGACCCUCACCCGGACGGGGACGACUGGAGGAACGAGGACAAGGAGGGAAGCCCCCAGGGGUGGGAGGAAGGUCAGUUCCUCUGGGUGAACGGCUCCGUGUCCGGGGGACCCUGGGUGCUGAGUCCCUGGCUGUGGGGGGGCCCCGACCCCUGUGGCCUGGACAUGGCCGUGUUCCUCCACCCUCGGCAGAGCGGGCGCUACACGGUGUGGAUCAUAGAGCGAGACAAACCCCCGCUGGCCCUGCUGUCCACAGACACCCUGCCUCGCAUCACCGGCUGGGCGGUGGUGCACCUCACGCUGGGGACCCGCGGCGGCGCACCCUUCCGGAUCUCCACCAGCUACGACCGGCCGGUGAGUAGGGACACCCCGGCCACCAUCGAGCCCCGCUUCACCACCAACUGCACUGUGGAGUCUGACCUGGUCUCCAACAUCACUCUGGAGGGGAGCUACAGCUGCCACCGGGGGCCGCUCCUCUCGCUGGACCAACUGUGCGACUUUGUGGUUGACUGUCCUCUGGGGGACGACGAAGGCGACGUCUGCCGUCGCUUCCUCAAUGGUAGCUACUGCUCCUUCGAGGAUGAAGACUGCGGCUGGCGGUCUGUGACAGGUCGCGGUGCCACUUGGAGGCGGCUGCAGACUCCAGUCAAGCCUUCCAGGCUCAGCUGCCCAUCAUCAGGAGCUGCGUUCAGCGUGGAAGGAGGCCAGUCCAAAGGUCAACACGGCUCGGAACUAUUGAGAAGCCCUCUCUUCCCACCGCCGCUGAGGAACUCGCCGUGCAUAGUGCGCUUCUGGCUGUGUUCCGGAGGGCAGCAGAAGGGGGCGCUGUCCCUCUGGAUAGUGCAGAACACCACAGGCCAGGAGGACCAGCCCCUGUGGCGCUCCACUAGUGAGCUGAGAUCAGAGAGGGGCUGGAAGCAAGUUGCCCUCCCACUCUAUGGACUGGCAGACUGGUUCUGGCUACAGUUCAGUACUGAAGAUGGACCAGGUCCCGGUUCGGCCAUUUCCCUUGACAACAUCUCCUUCAGCAUGGACUGUUUCCUGGCCUCCAAUGGCGAGUUUCCACCCGUGGCCACGAGCACGGCGAGACUGCCACUCGGACCAACCAAUCAGAACAUCAGGACGACCACCCCGUCCAAUGGCAACCCUCCUGGACGACCCUUCCCUCCGGAUGACUCCAAAAAGUGGAUCUUCCACACCUGCGGGGCCUCUGGCCCAGAGGGCCCGACCCCCAGCCAGUGCAGCAACUCCUACCGCUACACCAACGUCAACAUCACCCUGGGCACCAGGGGCCCCUUCAAAGGCGUCCAGAUGUGGCGGGUCCCCGAGACCGGCACCUACAGGAUCACGGCGUACGGGGCGGCGGGCGGGCGCAGCGUGCUGGCCGUGACCGGUUCACACGGCGUCUACAUCACGGCGGACUUCCGGCUGCAGAAGGGAGAGCUGCUCCACAUCCUGGUGGGACAGAAGGGAGAGAGCGCCUGUCCCAAUUCCAACAUGGUGCCCAGUAGGAUCUGCGCUGAGCAGAGCUCCCCGCUGGUCAACAAGUCCCAGGUCAAGUGGGGCGGAGGGGGAGGGGGCGGAGCCACCUACGUCUUUAAGGUCAACAGGGACGUGUACAUCCCCCUCAUCAUCGCCGCUGGGGGAGGGGGCAGGGGCUACAGCAGCCAAUCAGACAGCCAAAUGGAGCAGAUAGACUAUGACCCCAGCCAACCGGGGCGCAGCGGGAAGUCCAACGCCGCGGGCGGCGGCGGGGGCUGGAACGACAGUGCCCCUGCCAGUCAGGGCGGGAGACCCCUGGUGCUCGGGGGCCACGGAGGCCAGUCGUGUCAGAAGCUGUGGCCGACCCACGGGGGGUUCGGGGGCGGAGGCGGCGGCUGCAUCUCCGGAGGCGGUGGAGGGGGCUUCCGAGGUGGCAACACCUCGGUGGACAACAACGCCAGGCACGACGGCGGAGACGGCUCGUCCUUCAUCAGCCCAGACGGAGAGACGUUCCUUGAUGCUCUCAAAGGUAUGGAGGCGGACGGGGAGGUCCUCAUCAGCCCUGUGCAGAACUGCAGUCACUGUGAGAGCAGCGACUGCCAUAAGGUGGAGUCGGGCACCCUCUGCUACUGCGACGGCGACCUCGUCCUGGCUCCCGACGGGACGUCCUGCGUCAACGCCACAGUGGUGUCCCUGGGAGCCCCUCAGCAGCCCUCCCUGUCCCACCUGGCCCUGGGCCUCUCCGUGGGCACCUCAGCCCUCAUCGCCGCCCUGCUGCUGGCCGUGUCCGGAGUGAUGAUCAUGUACAGACGGAAGCACACAGAGCUACAGUCCAUCCAGCUGGAGCUCCAGAGCCCUGACUGUAAGCUGAGCAAGCUGCGGGCCUCUACCAUCAUGACCGACUACAACCCCAACUACUGCUUCGCCGGCAAGACGGCGUCCGUCAACGACCUGAAGGAGGUGCCGCGCCGCAACAUCUCCCUCACCAGGGGUCUGGGUCACGGGGCUUUCGGUGAGGUGUACGAGGGUCUGGCCGUGGGCAUUGCGGGGGAACCAAGUCCCAUGCAAGUAGCGGUGAAGACACUUCCCGAGGUCUGCUCUGAGCAGGAUGAGCUCGAUUUCCUAAUGGAGGCUCUGAUUAUUAGCAAGUUCAGCCACCAGAACAUUGUGCGCUGUAUAGGGGUCAGUCUGAAGGCUCUGCCCAGGUUCAUACUGCUGGAGCUCAUGGCCGGAGGAGACCUCAAGUCCUUCCUGAGGGAAACCAGGCCGCGGCUGGAGCAGCCUUCCAGUCUGUCCAUGGUGGACCUCCUCAAUGUGGCCAGAGACAUCGCCCGGGGCUGCCAGUACCUGGAGGAGAACCAGUUCAUACACAGGGACAUCGCCGCACGGAACUGCUUGCUGACCUGCAAGGGACUGGGAAGAGUGGCCAAGAUCGGGGACUUUGGGAUGGCCCGGGACAUUUACAGGGCCAGUUACUACAGGAAAGGAGGACGUGCCAUGCUUCCGGUGAAAUGGAUGCCACCGGAAGCCUUCAUGGAGGGCAUCUUCACCUCCAAGACCGACACAUGGUCCUUUGGGGUCCUCCUGUGGGAGAUCUUCUCCCUGGGUUACAUGCCCUAUCCCAGCCGUAGUAAUCAGGAAGUCCUGGACUUCGUUACCAACGGGGGACGGAUGGACCCUCCAAAGAACUGCCCUGGUCCAGUGUACCGCAUCAUGACCCAGAGCUGGCAGCACCAGCCUGAGGACAGGCCCAACUUCUCCACCAUCCUGGAGAGGAUCGACUACUGCCUACAGGACCCUGACGUGGUGACCACGCCCUUGCCGGUGGAGUACGGCCCGAUGAUGGAGGAGGAGGAGCAGGCGGCAGCCAAUCCCGACGACGCCUCGGUGCCGGCCAUCCUGGUGGUCGGUCCGACCCCGGACGGCCACAGCGGAGGAGGCCAGCCUCCCCCCCCCUCCUACCCCGGGGAGGAGACCCGGAGGGGGGGAGGCGCAGGUGGAGGGGACGUAGCCGGCCCUGGUACUCCCGACGCCAAAGCUCAGCUGGCUGCCCAGCAACCCUCGCUGUGCCUGCGGCAGCACCAGCACCAGAUCCUGCAGACCUCCUCAAAGCCCUCCUCUGCCGCCACCACCACCGCCACCGCCUCCACCUCCUCCUCCGCCUCCUCCUCCUCCUCCUCCGCCGCCGCCGCCGCCGCCGCCGCCCAGCCCGUCUGCGAGGGCGGCCACGUCAACCUGGCCUUCGCCCAGGGCCAGCUGCCACAAGAGAAGGACCGCAACGGCAAGCCCAGCAGCCUGUGGAACCCCACCUACGGCUCCUGGUUCCUGCAGCAGCAGCAGAGGAAGCAGCAGCAGCAGCAGCAGCAGCAGCAGCAGCAGCAGAGGCAGGGCUUCAUGGGGGGCGGCGGGGGCAGCAGGGUGCCGGGGGAGGGCCAGGAGCAGGUGGGGCGGACGGUGGCGGAGGCGGCUGGCGCCCUGGGGCUCCAGCACCAACACAAGCAGUUCCAGCACCAACUCCAACUGCAGCAGCAGCAGCAGCAGCAGCAGCAGCAGCAGCAUCAGCUCCAGAUGCUUCACCACCACCACCAGCAGCAGCAGCAGCAGCAGGGGAUGUGCAGACCCCUGCUGCCCCCACCCCCUCCCCCUGCCUCCCAGUCGCCCCUGCUCCUCGACUCGGCCGGUCUUCACCAGGUGCCCCUCUACAGACUGCGGCGCUUCCCCUGCGGGAACAUCGGCUACGGCUUCCAGGAGCAGGGGGUGCCCUUGGAGACGGCCAACCCCCCCCCGACGUUGCUCCAGCCCCCGGCCCCGUCGGCGGGCAGCAUCACCACCACCACCUCCUCCUCCACCAUGGGUCGCUCAAGCAUGUCGGAGAACAGCCGCCCGCUGCUGGUAACCAUGGGGACGGUGCAAGACCCCAGGCUGCCGAGGAUGGAGGGGCACAAUGCCACCGUGCUUUAGCCUGAUUGGUCACCUUGUUUUUUUUUUAGUACUCUCAACAAAAAGGCCCCUGUAUGGAAGCACAGAAGGGACCGCACGGUCAGGAUGGAAACACAAACCUUUUGGAAUGUAAACCAAAUGUAGCAUUGCUCUGAAGCCACAGACUGCGGUGGGUUUUUACAGUGAACUCAACCAAACAUUGUCACAAAUGAUUUACCGUACAUUGAUCCCACGUUAUUUGUUUAGCUAGCUAGGGUUAACCGCCAGCUGUGACACCAGAUGUAAAUGGCUUUUAAACGUUUAGCUUACAUUCCAGAAAGUGUUCAUACACAACUCCCCCGACCAUUCCACUCGACGGGUUGCUUUGGAGCGACGGAAACCUGGGCUUAGCUAAGCCUAGCCUCAUAUGUGGCCCUUGCUCUGUGAUACACCAUCACGGAUGGCCGCAGUACACGGUGUCCUUUGAUUCUUUUAAAUCCACUUUGUCGGUUGUUCAUGUUCAUGUUUACAAGGUCAGCGCUCCAAACAAGGUUGGGCUCUUUGCCCGUACAUGCUCCUCAGGCAUGACCAUAUACGACGUAAACAUCAGACGACGAAGCAACACCAUA